AUGAAAAGAUAAGUCCGGUUUUCGGAGAACUCAACUAAAUCUGUCAACAUUCAGAAGUAGCCCCCUAACUAGAAACGGCUUUCUAGGGAGUUUACUCUUUCGCUUAAAACUGACGAUAGCCCUGGCUAAGAUGAGGAGCGCUAGAAAAGCCUGGAAUAGGAGUAUCCGGGCCCUAAAACUAGUGCAACUAACUUGGACUUGAAAAGCUUGUUAUCAGAUAUACAGGGAUUUUCAGUUCCUCAUUUCGAAAAUAUGGAUGUAAAACUCCUCGAUGAGAUUAGAGCAGUCAAUGAUGAGGGCAAUGCAGCAAGGAAGCGAGCAGGUUGGGGACUGAUAUCAGAUAUAGUAGCUAAGUAUCCAAGGCGGCAAUCGAUCGCAGUCACCAUUCAGAAGUUAAAGGGAGAUUAGUAAAAGCAACCAGAACAGCCACUAGUGAGUUAGAGAAGCAUAAGGAACAGCAAUAGAAGUCUAAAGUAUGGUAAUUUGAGAAAGUAGAGUAACAUCUAGGUUUAAACUGAGUACGAUGAUCAUAUGCAUGUCAUUUAGUAGAGACUGGAUGACUUGAAGAAUCUGAAGGAGCAUUUCUUGGAGGUGAAAAAAAGCAAUGACAAGUAGAAUGAUUGGCUUGUAAGGUUUAGCAGAGACGUUAAGUUUAGCGGUCUUCAUCGUUAGAAUUUCAAGAAGGGCUAAAGACUCAGCUUGCUGCUUGGGUUCAAACAGCCAUAAACACUUAAUAGAAAGGACACUCUGAUUAGUCAGAUUGAAAAUAACUCUGAAAGCAGCGAUGAGACUAAUGGCCAAGACUAUGAUGGCUCUAAAUUCAAGCGAGAGCUCAUUAAGCGACACAUCAAAGUCAGUAUGAGAAAUCAUUUCAAGAAAAAGCUAAACCUAACUAGUAAUAAUAGCAUGAGAGUAGAUGAAGAACAGUGGGAUAGACAAAAUUAUAAGAAGUCCUUUGUAGGCAUGGGAAAUGGGGGCAGUGGGUAGAAAUAGAACUUAAGCAAUUUUUAAUUGAAUGUGCAGCAUGACUCUCAUGUAAGUGACUUCAGAAAGGUCUUUAAAGUCAAUCAGUCCACCAAGGGAGGAUUCGUAAAAGUGUUAUCAACUUAGAACUAGAUUGGUAUAAGCAGGGACUCACCUGAGAGGUCAGCAUUAAAGUAGAUGUACACAAGAGGGGGGCUUCUAAGCAAGAGAUUAAGUACAUCUUAAGCAGUAGAAAGCAAAUUCAAGACUACAGCAUUGCAAAACCAUUCAUUGGAAAACAGAAGCAUUAACAAAGAAUCGCAUAAGAUUAUUCCAUACACAGGAAAAUUUACACUGAAAUUAGAUGAUAGUAGCACUCAUAGGAAUUUGGAUUUCAUAGAUACACCUAUCAGGCUAGACUCCAGUAAUCAAUAGACAUCACUCAACUUUACUCAAUAGUAUCUGUAAUAAUCUCACAAAGGAAACUAAAGAUACAAGAAUAAUAAAAAUUAAUUUACUGAGGCAGAGUAUUAAAAUUGCAAUAGAGUGCACACAUUGAUGUCGCCAGCAGAUUUCAAUCACAAUUUAAUGCCUUCUGAGUCAACAGCACUUUCUUAGGUUAAGGCUAGAAAAUCAGAAACAAAGAAUAAAGAGAAGUCCAAGAAUUUUAAAUGGUAUUAGGAGAAUGAUUCAGACUCAAAUCUUGAUGAAGAUUUAGAGGAAGAAGUGGAUGACAAGUCAAUCAUAAAAGGAUGUGGCUAGGUUCAGAAUCUUUUAUCUUUAUAGUCAGUAGAGUUAACUCGCAGACAAUCUGAAGAUAUUGAUUCACUAGAUAGUGGAGAAGACUUAGACCUAAACAAUGUUCUUAAGCUGGACAAUAACGACAGUAAAUCAAAACAGCAAAUUAAUAAUACAUAAGAAAACAAGCAGCUGGAAAAUGACAGUAAAAGCAAAUUGAGAUAUUCAUUAUUAGGAGAUGAUAUCAAAAGGAAAUCCAAACAAUUUCUUAUAAAGACUAAUACCUAGGCUAACACACCAAGACUAAGGAAAAGCUUAAUCACUAAUGCCUCAGUUUAAAACUCACCUAGUUAAAUAACAGAUUAAGGGGUAUUCAGUUUUAAGAAAUUAAGUUCAAAGCCAAAGCUGCCAUUUGUGAUAAGGAAUAGUGUUGACUACUUCAUCAUUCAAUAAAAUCAAAACUAGUUAAUUAAAAAUCAAAGUUCCCAUCAAUAGUCAUAAUUAAAGAAAAAAUAGGACUUUAAUCCUGAUGAUAAAAAUUCAAUUGCUUCCAAAUUUUAAGAUAAAAACCUACCUAUUAGUACCACUACGACUAAUUAGAGUAAUUAUAAAAUCGACCUACAUAUCAAACUUAUAGACUGA